AUGGGUGCUUAUUUAAUCAUUAUAUCGCAAACAAUGCUAAUGGAUAAGAAUCAUCAACAGCCAAAAUCAAUAGAAAGAAGAAAAAUAACUGAAUACGGAAAUAAAAUCUUACAUCGUUCAAAACGAGGUUGGAAAUGGAACCAGUUUUUUCUGCUUGAAGAGACAGACACACAAUAUGUAGGCAAGCUACAGACUGAUCAAGAUAAAGGAGAUGGAAAUUUAAAAUACAUAUUAUCCGGAGAUGGUGCCAGCAGUCUGUUUAUAAUUGAUGAAAAUACUGGAGAUAUUCAAGCUGCAAAAAAAUUGGAUAGAGAAGAAAAGUCACUUUAUGUACUACGUGCCAAAGCAAUAGACAAAAGGACUGGAAGACAAGUAGAGCCUGAAUCUGAGUUUGUAAUAAAAAUACACGACAUUAAUGAUAAUGAACCAAAGUUUACAAAGGAAAGUUAUACCGCUAGUGUCCCUGAAAUGUCUGAUGUUGGUACUUCAGUGAUUCAAGUUACUGCUAUAGAUGCUGAUGAUCCUUCCUAUGGUAAUAGUGCAAGAGUUGUAUACAGCAUUAUUCAAGGACAGCCAUAUUUCUCUGUUGAACCAGAAACAGGCAUAAUCAGAACUGCUUUACCAGAUAUGAGCAGAGAGAACAGGGAACAUUACCAAGUGGUUAUUCAGGCCAAAGAUAUGGGAGGCCAGAUGGGAGGAUUAUCUGGGACCACCACCGUGAACAUCAUACUGACUGAUGUCAAUGACAAUCCGCCUAGAUUCCCACAGAGUAUCUACCAGCUUAGUUCCCUUGAAUCAGCACAUGUCGGAUCAGAAGUAGGUAGAAUUAAAGCCAAUGAUGCCGAUGUGGGUAAAAAUGCUGAAAUGGAAUAUAACAUUAUCGAUGGAGAUUUUGAAGGUUCAUUUGAGAUCAUUACAGACCAAAAUACUCAGGAUGGAAUCAUAACUGUUAAAAAGCCUCUUGAUUUUGAAAGCAAUGGGAUGUACACUUUUGAAGUUGAAGCAUCCAAUAUUUAUUUAGACCCACGCUUUUAUCAUCUUGGACCAUUUAAAGACACUGUUACAGUGAAAAUGUUAAUUGUGGAUGUUGAUGAGGCACCAAUCUUCAGUCAGCCUUAUUAUGUACUCGAAGUAGAUGAAGAUGCUAAAGAAGGAAGUAUAGUUGGUCAAGUGAGUGCUCAGGACCCUGAUUCAAUAAAGAGCCCAAUAAAAUAUACAAUUGAUCGCAAUACUGAUUUGGAUAGAAUAUUUAAUAUUUACUCAGGAAAUGGUUCAAUAUUUCUAUCAGCCACUCUUGACCGAGAAGAAAGCUCCUGGUACAACAUUUCUGUAAUAGCAACAGAAACAAAAAACCCCAAGCAAAGUGCACUUGCUCAAGUAUAUAUUAAAAUAUUGGACAUUAACGAUCAUGCACCAGCUCUUGCUAAAUAUUACGAAACUUUUGUAUGUGAAAAUGCCAAAUCUGGACAGCUUAUUCAAACAGUUAGUGCUGUAGACAAAGAUGAUCCUCCUCGGGGACAUAUAUUUUUCUUUGAGAUGGUGCCAGAAUUUUCUAUCAAUCCAAACUUCACAGUUUUAGAUAACAAAGACAACACAGCAGGUAUUUUAACAAAAAGAAAUGGAUAUAAUCGACAUAAAAUAAGCACUUAUACUUUGCCAGUUAUUAUUUAUGAUAAUGAUUAUCCAAUUCAAAGCAGCACUGGAACUUUGACCAUACGAGUAUGUGCUUGUGACAAAAAAGGCAAUAUGCAGUCAUGCAAUGCAGAAGCUUUCUUAUUCCCCGCUGGGCUAAGCACCGGAGCUUUAAUUGCAAUAUUACUUUGCUUCAUCAUACUUCUUAUUUUAGUUUUACUAUUUGCUGCUUUAAGAAGGCAAAGGAAAAAGAAGCAUCUUAUGGUGUCUAAAGAUGAUGUGCGAGACAAUGUGGUGACCUAUAAUGAUGAAGGAGGAGGGGAAGAAGAUACACAAGCAUUUGACAUUGGCACCUUGAGGAAUCCAGAAACAAGGGAGGAGAGUAUGCUCAGAAAAGACAUUAUGCCUGACACUAUAUUUCAAAUAAGAAACACUGUUCCUCUUUGGGAAAACAUUGAAAUAAAAGAUUUCAUUCAGAGAAAGUUACAAGAAAAUGAUCUAGAUACAACAGCUCCUCCAUAUGAUUCACUAGCAACAUUUGCUUAUGAAGGCAAUAAUUCUGUAGCUGGUUCUCUAAGCUCUUUGGAAUCAUUCACUGUUGAAGAAAAUUAUAAUUUUGAUUACUUAACUAACUGGGGACCUAGAUUUAAAAAGCUUGCAGAUAUGUAUGGUAGAAAUGGUAGUGACCAUUGA